CACAGCAGCCGUGAGCGAGGAAAGGAGGAGGAGGAGGAUCUCUUCCCCAUAAGUUUGGUUUGCCCUUUGCUGGAGAUGAGAUUCAGUCCCACCAGCUCCACAGAGAAUCAACCAGAGCCGGGGGAGGAAACUUUGUGAGCGCUGAAAUCUUCUGGAUUCAAGAUUAUCCGCGGGUCAUGGACGGUUUGAUUUAGGGGAAAUUUGGCGGAUUCCCGGAGUUGCGCGCUUGCAGCGGACCGUACUUCGCACUGCUGCGACUCCAGGCGGCUGUGAAGGAAACCAUAUCUGGUCAAAGUAUUCGUUGCUGUCACCCAGCGGGACCAGCCGGCUAUAAAUAGCGCUGGAGGAGGUGUAAUUGCUUUCCCAAGAGGGCUACGGGCACUUGGCUGCCUUUGCUGUUAUUUUACCCGAGGUGGGGGUCAUUAAGAUAUAAUCUAGGCUCCUGAUCUCCUACAGUUUGCCUUUUUCAUUUGGAGGGGUUGCUGAGAUAUUGUACUCUUUUGCCCCCCAGGUGUGCUGUCCACAAUGGCGCUUCUGAGGAAGGAGAUGGAGAAGUACAGAGACAUAGACGAGGAUGAGCUGCUGAAGAAACUCUCAGAAGAAGAGUUGCAGCGGUUAGAGGAUGAAUUAGAGGAGCUGGAUCCUGAUAAUGCAUUGUUGCCUGCUGGGAUGCGCCAGAAGGACCAGACAAAGAAAGCACCAACAGGGACGUUUCAAAGAGACAACCUCCUGGCCCAUCUGGAGAAACAGGCCAAAGAGCAUCCUGACAGAGAAGACCUGGUGCCCUACACUGGGGAGAAGAGAGGGAAAGCCUGGGUGCCUAAAACAAGAGUGGAUCCAAUCAUAGAGUCUGUGACUCUGGAGCCAGAGUUAGAAGAAGCCCUGUCCAGUGCUACCGAUGCUGAACUCUGUGAUAUUGCAGCCAUCCUGGGCAUGCACACGCUGAUGAGUAACCAGCAGUACUAUGAAGCCCUGGCCAGCAGCACUAUAGUCAACAAGCAAGGCCUUAACAGUGUGAUCCAGUGUACCCAGUACAAGCCAGUCCCUGAUGAGGAGCCCAACUCCACUGACGUAGAGGAAACUCUGUUGAGAGUAAAGAGGAAUGAUCCCGACCUGGUAGAAGUCAACCUCAAUAACAUCAAGAAUAUUCCUAUCCCAACUCUGAAGGCAUAUGCUGAAGCUCUGAUGAAGAACACAGUGGUGGAGAGGUUCAGUAUUGUAGGAACAAGGAGCAAUGACCCUGUAGCAUUUGCCCUGGCAGAGAUGUUGAAAGUUAACACAAUGCUCAAGAGUCUGAACGUUGAGUCCAACUUCAUAACAGGGACUGGAAUCCUGGCCCUCAUAGAGUCGCUGCAGAAUAACGCCACACUAUUGGAGCUCAAGAUAGACAACCAGAGUCAGCCCUUAGGCAACAAAGUGGAGAUGGAAAUAGCCAACAUGCUGGAGAAAAACACCACAUUGCUGAAGUUUGGGUAUCAUUUCACCCAGCAGGGUCCACGCCUCCGGGGCUCCAAUGCCAUGAUGAACAACAAUGACCUGGCCCGGGUCGUCAGGUCGGAGACAGACGGCUCUUUCACCCUCACUCUAUCUGUCCCUGAGCUGGAGAGGGCCUUUGGGAAAAAGUUCAAGUCUAAGACUAAUAAGAAAGAGAAGGCUUGAAGGAGGACCCAUUUUCCCAAAGUGUCGGACAAAUGUGUAGAAACCACGGCUACCUUCAACUCCUGCCAUCUGUCACCCCCUCCCACUCUAUCAGGUUCAAUUGUUUUGGUUUCAGAGACAGUGUCUGAACUUUUUCACUUACAGACUUUUACUUAGUAAAUGUUAAAUGAUCCAUUUGGAUUAAUUAACAGAUCCUUCUGAGUUUCCAGUGCAUGCAACAACAAAAAAAAGUGACAUUAAUAUUUUGACUUUGUGCUCUGAAGUUUGCAUUUUGACAUAUUUUCUAGGCUUGGACAGCUAUAACUGCAGCGUUUUGUACAAACCAACUCCUACUCUGUAAUUUUGAGUCUUUCAAUGUUUCAUCAAGUGUUUAGACCUCAGUGAAGGGCUUAAGGUCUGGUUUUGAAUGUGGUCCCGUAUGAAAAGCGAUGGGCAACUUUUAGCAAUCUGCUGAGUUGAUUUUUAAUAGUUAUUAUUAUUACUACUACUACUGUGCUGUAAAUGUGUGGUGUUGUCACUACUGCUGUUGCUUCCAGGUCACCUUACAAGACGACGGAUUUCUGCCAUAUCAGAAUUAUUCAUUUAAAUUGAAUUGAGAAAAAAUUGAAUUGUCCCCAUCUUCUGAUGUUUUCCUCUUUUCAUUUUGUAGCGUGAAAAAGUAUUUAGUGACUCAUUUCGAUACUAAGCUACACAGAUUCUUGAGCAAUUUACAAAUAGCUGUAUAAACCUGGCAACUGUGAGAUUUGUCACUACAUACGUAUUUAUUGAAACAGACCUGGGAAAGAGUCAGAAGCCAUUCAUAUGACUUGGUUUGACUAUGCUGGAUAAUCAAAUAACCAGUAGUAAAAAUGUUGCUGUAAAAGAAAAUGUACUGUCAAAUUACACUGUGACAUUAUCCAGCGUUUAUAUUAGCACUCACUGCCUGUUAACGUGCAAUAUUCAAAUGCCAGUGUAAUGUGCUUUAUAUUUUCCUUUAAAUAUCCAACGAAUACGGCACUGUUAUAUAGAAGUGUUUACAGCAGAGGCAUUGUAAGAGCGCCAGAGAGAGAGAGACGAGAAGCUCAAUGAAUUCUGAGAGAAAUUCCCAACACUAAAGAUGGUGUUAGAAAAAAAACUCCCAGAGAGUGAAAAGCUUUAGCAAAACUUUGCUAUGGGACAAAAUCUGCAAAAAAAUGUAACAAUUUUAAACAGAUAAUUUGAUGAGAUUCUUUACAUGCAGUUUUUAGAAUAAAUGUUACAUGGCUGCCGAGUGGCAAGAGGGUUUUGCUUACAGUCACCAGUGCAAGGCAGAUUAUAUUAACGCAAGCAACUUGUGAAUAUUUGAAUGGAUUUGUUUUACACUUUCAGCCAGGUCUGGUUUGUUGAUUGUUUGUGUUGAUUUGUAUUUACUGGAGCUACAAUGUGUGUUUUAGUAUGAAAUGACUUUUUUACUACAGGUUUCACAUUACUCCCUAAAUCCAGGUUUGUUGUAUUUUUUUAUGCAGGAAACCUUUCAUGUCUUUGCAGCUUUCAGACUAUAACAAUCCCCCUUAUUCAUAUGAAAAACAGACUAUUUACAAGCAUGUCUAGCUAUGACAGGUACUGAAAGAAAAAUGGUAUUGCACCUUGAUUCUCGAUUAAUCCUUUGGAGAUCAAAAUGAAAUGGUUCUCAUCAUAGGCCAAAAACACCCGAAUAAAUGUUGAUUUUAUGCUGCUGUAUACUUUGGAGCAGAUAGUGGGAUUUCUCAUAACUUUAAAAAUCAGCAGUGCAAUGAGGAAAAAGUAGAGUUAGCUGUUAUAUAAGCAGGAAUUGGAACAGUUCCAGUAAAAAUCACAGGAUGGUUUGUUAGCUUUUAUUAGCUGUGGAUGAAUUAUUUGCUUUAGGAAACGUUUGUGUUCCUAAUGUGAACAACUCUUGCUCAAAAUUCUGAUUGCAUGUUUAAGGACUAAUAACACAUUCAGUGUUGUUAUUUAUCACCACUUUGUUACUGACAGUGUCAAGGCCAAUGUCCAGUGAAUGGUCGUUAUCUUCAUUAUAAAGAUGAAGAAUUGAAAGCUAAAAGUGAAAGAGGACUCUGCUCGUGCCUCUCACAGUCUCUGUGUAUCAUGUUCUUUUCUCCUGUGUAGAGCUUUUUUCAUAUUGUACUGCUUGACUCGGUUUUUUCAUAGAUAGUUCACAUUUUUUGUUCUGUUUUAUGAAUUAAAUAAAGCUUGAAAAUUGU